AUGACUUGGAACUUCAUGCUCACGAACCGCAACACCUACUCGCGGACCACCGACCUUCUCUCAAUCUUCUGGCUCUUCCUGCUCGACAUGUCAGAAUCAAGUUCCGACGAACCGUUCAUCUUCCCAGCCAAGAUGUACUCUGACCUGGCGACUCCGAGAAGUACGAGUACAUUGGCUCCGACGUGA